AUGAGCGCGGCGCCCGUGCUGCUGAGCGCGGCCGAGGUCCAGCGCCACCUCCGCGGCGGCGGCCGCCUCCUCGCGGCGCUGGAGGCCGCCCUGGCCGCCUUCUCCCGCGGCCCCGCGGGUGGCGUGGCGCAGCCCGUGCGCUCCGUGGUGCCCGUGGCGCCGCACCGGGGGUUCCUGGGGGUCAUGCCGGCCUACAGCGCCGCGGAGGACGCCCUGGCCACGAAGCUCGUCACCUUCUAUGAGCGCCCCCGCGCCGCCCCCGCCGCGCCCUCGCACCAGGCCACCGUGCUGCUGCUGGAGCCGCGCUCCGGAGCCCUCCUGGCGGUCAUGGACGGAAACGUCAUCACCGCGAAGAGAACCGCAGCCGUGUCCGCCAUCGCCACCAAGUUUCUGAAGCCGCCCAGCAGUGAAGUGCUGUGCAUCCUGGGGGCUGGGGUCCAGGCCUACAGCCACUAUGAGGUCUUCACGGAGCAGUUCUCCUACAAGGAGGUGAGAAUCUGGAACCGCACUAAGGAGAAGGCCCAGAAGUUUGCAGAUUCCGUGGCGGGAGAGGUGCAGGUCUGCUCAUCCGUCCAGGAGGCUGUGACCGGUGCCGAUGUGAUCAUCACAGUCACCAUGGCAACAGAGCCCAUUUUGUUUGGCGAGUGGGUGAAGCCGGGGGCUCACAUCAAUGCCGUGGGGGCCAGCAGGCCGGACUGGAGGGAGCUGGACGACCGGCUGCUGGCGCAGGCCGUGCUGUACGUGGACUCCCGGGAGGCGGCCCUCAAGGAGUCCGGGGACGUGCUGCUGUCCGGAGCGCAGAUCUUCGCUGAGCUGGGUGAGGUGGUGGCGGGCGUGAAGCCGGCGCUCUGCACGGAGACCACCGUGUUCAAGUCUCUGGGAAUGGCGGUGGAGGACGCGGUCGUGGCCAAGUUAGUGUACGAUUCCUGGGCUUCUGGGAAAUAG